AAAUCCCGCCCGCCCAUUCCCUCUCCUUCUAAAAACGCUACUAUAUAUAGAUAAAAAUCCAUGGCACCUUUACUUCUUCAAAAGCUCUCUUCCUUUUCUAUCAAGAAACCAGAAAUCCUCUCUCAAAAAUCAAAAUCAUGAUCGAUCUCCUUUUCCAGGGCUUAUGCAUGCCUCACUUCUAUCCUCCUGGAUUUUGAACGGAAAGUGAAAAUCCGGAGAAGUGAAAAUCCGUUUGGUGAGAGUUGCUGUUGUUGAAUUGAUUGAUGGCGGUGGUGGUGGUGUGGAAUUAGGGUUUUGGAAAUGAUGGGAUUGGGAAUUUCGCUUGUGCGGGUGCUUACAAGCUCUAAUGAUUACUAUAGUGGAUCUUUUAUUGCCUGGCUAAUCACAGCUGCUUUAGGAUUUUUAGUUAUUGUUUAUAGAUUAAUUAAUUGGCAUAAAAGAGCAUCGCAGAAAUGGCUUAAAGCUGCGGCUAAAGCGAAGAAGCAAGUUUGGAAAAAGUUAAAUGUUCCGCGGUCUGGUCAUUUAUGGAUUGAAGAUUUAGCUUAUGGUCAAAAACAGCCUUCUACAUGCUGUGUUUGUUUGACUUCAUUGGUGUUACCAUAUAAUGGCUGUAGUGCGUCGUUGCGUAGUGAUUUUGUGCACCGUUGUGUUGUUUGUGGUGCGGCGGCUCAUUUUAAUUGUUCUGAGUUUGCGGUGAGGGACUGUAAGUGUAUUGCGCAGGCAGGGUCUAGUCAUGUGAGGCAUCAUUGGUCAGAGAGAUGGUUUAAUAUGGAUGAGAAUCCUGAGAUGAGUGCGUUUUGUUCUUACUGUGAUGAACCGUGUGGUGUUACUUUUAUUGAUGCUUCACCGACGUGGCAUUGUUUGUGGUGUCAGAGGCUCAUUCAUGUGAAAUGUCAAGCUAAAAUGUCAAAAGAAUCUGGUGAUGUUUGUGAUUUGGGUCCCCUUAGGAGGAUUAUUCUUUCACCACUCUGUGUGAAGGAAGUUGAUGGAGGAAACAGUUUAAGUUUGAUCACUGAGGAAAUUAUAGCCUCUUCUGUUCGUGGGCAGAUGAGAAGAAAGCAGCGCAGCAGGGGCAAGCAUGGAGAUGAUCACCCUGUUAAUGGUAAGUUGCAGGGUGCAACAACUGCCACUAGAGACUUGGAUUUUGUGUUGAAUGGGUUUGCAGGAUUGAACAGAUCCAGCAGCGAUAUUGAUUUCCACUGCUUAAAGAAGAAUGGCAGGAUAAAGUACACACUUAAUGGCCUAAUGCAUAAUAAAGGCGGAACUGCAAUCUGUGGACAAGUUAAGAAGUAUGCAUUGGCUGAUUUGGCUCAAGAUGCAAGGCCCCUUUUGGUCUUCAUUAAUUCCAAGAGCGGAGGUCAACUUGGGCCUAUUCUUCGAAGGACACUGAACAUGCUGUUGAAUCCUGUACAGGUAUUUGAAUUAAGUGAUUCGCAGGGGCCUGACAUUGGUUUGGAGUUAUUUAGCAAGGUGCGGUAUUUUAGAGUUUUGGUCUGUGGUGGAGAUGGAACUGUUGCAUGGGUCCUUGAUGCUAUUGAGAGGCGCAACUUUGAAUCUCCACCACCUGUUGCGAUCAUUCCCCUUGGUACAGGAAAUGAUUUAUCAAGGGUCUUGCAAUGGGGAGGAGGCUUCUCAAAGUUUGAUGGACAAGGUGGCUUAAGCACACUUUUGCAAGAUAUCGACCAAGCUGCAGUUACAAUGCUAGAUCGCUGGAAAGUAAAUAUCAGAGAAGAGAAUUCAGAAGGGUAUAUGGAAAGAGAACAAUCCAAAUUCAUGAUGAACUACUUAGGUAUUGGAUGUGAUGCUAAGCUUGCAUAUGAAUUUCACAUAACACGUCAAGAGAAUCCCGAGAAGUUCAGUAGUCAGUUUGUGAAUAAAUUACGAUAUGCCAGAGAAGGUGCCAGAGAUAUGAUGGAUAGAGCUUGUGCUGACUUACCAUGGCAGGUUUGGCUUGAAGUUGAUGGGAAAGACAUACAGAUUCCAAAGGAUUGUGAGGGUUUAAUUGUGCUGAACAUUGGCAGCUAUAUGGGGGGCGUGGAUCUUUGGCAAAAUGACUAUGAACAUGAUGAUGAUUUCAGUCUUCAAUCCAUGCAAGAUAAAAUGCUUGAAGUUGUAAGUGUCUGUGGAGCAUGGCACCUCGGCAAACUUCAGGUUGGACUUUCACAAGCAAGGAGGCUAGCACAAGGGAAGGCCAUCAAAAUACAUGCUUCAAGUGCUUUCCCAGUUCAGAUAGAUGGGGAACCAUUCAUCCAUCAACCUGGUUGCUUAGAAAUAACGCAUGAUGAACAGGUAUUAUAUUCCUUCUCUUAUAAUGCACUUGAUGCUCACAUAAGAGGCUUGGCUGAUGGAUCCCUGCUUUUCCAUGGCACACCUAAUCUCAUAGUUCAUGUGUUUGCAUUUUUACUUGAUGAUCCUUUAACGCUGGAAACACCAGACACAGCACCCUGUCAUUUGAACUUCUAGAUACUGAUCCCUCCCUAAUCACUAUGUAAGUCAUACUGAUAAUCUUGAGGUGAAUAAGGGAGAAACUUGAUCCCUUCCCCAGUAACUGCAGAAGUGCAACUAUGGGAGAAAUGCUUCUUUCUCUGUGAAGGAUUACUGAAUUAAAAAUGAUGAAAUGUAACAUACUGAUUUAGAAUCAUUUUUAUGAUCUUCCUAGACUGUCGAUGAAGUUCAUGAACCCCUAGUACAUGAAUAAGAGUAAAGAUUAUUUAGUGUAACUAUGACUAAGAAAUUAAGAUCAAGUGUAUGAGUUGAGAAUUAGAACAAAUAGGAUAUAUAAAUCGGAGGAAGCCAAAAAAUACAAGAAGCAAAGGGAGGGGCAAACAGCAACUGGAAAGAAAAAUGGAGUCCAACUUUGUGCACAAGUCAUGAUAAUAAACCAUAUAGACGCACAACCUCAAUUUUGUAGGAAGCAUAUACAAAAAAACAUUCAACAAAAAGCAAUCCUCAUAUGAUGGUGUAAAUCUUUAUAAAUUGUCUUUAUGGUUUCAGAAAGACUUCCAAGAUAUUCUUCCAUUGGUUUCUUUCUUUAGUUUACUUGAUGCUGCAUUUCAUUUCAAUAUCAUUUCUUUCAUUCCUUAUCUCUAGCACUUUCAUCAUCUUCACUAUAAACACAGGCUUUACCUUUUGGAAAAGUACUUAAUUUAAUUGAAGAUGUGUGUUUGUAUACUAUUAUCUCCGAGUGGAGAUUGUGGAGGAACAUUGCCAAUCCCUUGGCCACAAGCAGAAUUAGCGGAGAAAAGCUAGUCAAGCAAACUAUUUUCCUUUGACACGUAAUAUUAUGUUGAUGAUUAACAAUGAUACGCAUUCUCAAAAUGAUGUUUAGGGGGGUGAUAUUUACGAUUCUAUCCUCUGUAUUUUCUUCUCUUAUACUAUUGAUGCGGCACAAGUGUUCCUCAUUUUUUCUCCUCUAUAAAAUUGGGAAGUUGGUGUUCCUGCCGCAUUGUGCAAUGUGCGUUGGAAUUAACUGAAACUGAUGCUAGCUGCCACAAAUAUAUCCUUAUUGUUAAUGGUGCAACAAAAUUAUUCAUCCUUGUAUAUUUGAUUAUCUGAGGAUGUUCAGGAUCAGAAGGGAUUCACUUUGAACGUGUAUUUAGCAUGUUGUUACCAUUCUAUUUUUUUAUAAUCAUUUAUUUUCAUCUGAACCUUUCUAACUAUAAUUCAUGGAUUUUUGGCAUGUUUCAGGUGUUCAUGUUGAGGAGAGCCUCUGAGGAGCCGAGAGGCCACGCAGCUGCCAUUAUGACAGAGGUUUUGGCAGAUGCUGAGUGCAAAGGAGUC